CCUGUAGUUUGCAUCCAUUGCUUCGGUCUCUUCCAACUCUAUGAUUCUAUGAUUCCUUCUUCAUUCAAUGUCCCACUUUUCUUUGAGGGCGAGACCCAAAGCAGCUUCUAACAAGGUGCGACAAUACUUGGAGCAGGCUCCUACGUCCAUCUUCUCCUCCUACCUCCCUUUUCUCAUCCAUGGAGAUCAUGCAUGGUGUCCACUCCCAACUGUCAACAAGCAGGUUCUUUUCUGGAACCUUCCGUCCGACUUCCCCGAUUGGCUCUCGCAAUGCGCUGAACCUUCCGACGGACGUCCUUUGAGGAAAAAAAAGCCUCGGUGGAAUUCUCUUCUUCUCCUCCAAGUAGGAAAGAGCUGCGCACUUGAGCCCGAUUUCUAAUCCGUUCCCUACAAACCAUGGAUCUCACAGAAAGCAUCGAAAUCGUGAAGCCGCCGAAGAGGAAAGAGAAACUGACAAGGGUUCUCCUGCUAGCAACAGUGGUUGCCUCCUUUGGGUCCUUCCAGUGUGGAUACACUCUCUGGAUGGUCAACAACCCAGCAGCGAUUCUACUCGAAUUUCCCAACUCGACAUUCGAAAAGAGACCCGUGGUCGUGAGGUUCAGAGAAAAGCUGUUGGGGCGCACCAUCAUCGUCUUCCCAAUCGGAGGCUUUCUCGGAGCCCUUUUUAUCGGCUUCCUGGUGGAUCGGUGUGGCAGAAAAGGAGCCUUGAUGACGAACAACUGCUUGAACAUCUUCGCUGCCACCUUCAUGGGUUUGUCCAAAGUAGUACACACUUCACAAUUUGCUCUCUUUGCCCGUUUCGUGAAUGGGAUAAGUUCAGGGAUAUUCUCCUGUAUUGUCCCAUUGUACAUUGGAGAAAUCUCCCCUCCAAACCUCAGAGGCAGCCUCUACAUGGUGUCCAUGUUUGGCCUCACUUUUGGCAUCUUGGUGGCACAGCUCCUCAGCCUUCGCGAAGCCUUGGGGACCUCAGGAGGCCUAGCAUUACUGAUGAGUCUCACCGGGAUCAUGGCUUCGUUUAAUAUCAUCCUAUUGUAUUACAUCCCGGAAAGUCCUAGGUUUCUAUUCAUUCAGCAGCAUAAUGUAGAUGCAGCCAGGCAAGCCCUGAUAGAGCUGAGAGAAAACGAAAACGUGGAGGAAGAGUUGGAGGAAAUGCACCAGGAGGACCUCUUUGAGAAGGAUCGAAAGAACAUGAACAUGAUCACGCUUCUAGACUCCCCAGAAAUUAGGAAGAGUGUCCUUUGCACUGUCGUAUUGAUGGCCGGAAACCAAUUGACUGGUGUCAAUGGGGUGUACCUCUAUGCAGAGAGAAUCUACAUUUCCUUGGGGCUAGAAGGGAGACAUAUCCGUUACAUGCUCAUAGUGGUGAACAGUGUUAUCCAUGUGGUGAUCUUAGUGAUGAUUGCUGCCAUUGAUUCUGUGGGGCGGAGGUUUCUGCUUCUCAUGGGCUUCAUGAUCUGCAGCAUGGUUUGCAUCCUGCUAGCUGUGUCUCUCGAAGUUCAGGUCUACGGUGGCAUAGUAGUGGCUUAUUUCAGCACAUUUUUCUCCAUCACGUUCAUCAUCGGACACAUGUCUGGACCAGGCCCCAUUCCUUACUUGAUGACCGGAGAACUGUUUCUCCAGUCGGCCCGGGGCUCAGCCUAUGUAAUUGGGGGAUUUAUGAACUGGUUCGCCAGGUUUAUUGUGAGCGUUCUCUACGUUUUCAUAGAGCCGAAAAUCGGACCAUACAGUUUGCUCAUCUUCUGGCCGGUCUGCAUUGCCAUCUUUAUCUAUGUUAUAAAGAUGGUCCCAGAAACCAUGGGCAAGACCUUUCUGGAGAUCCAGAAAGGCAUGGAAACCCACAAGCGCCAGCGGAGAAAAUCGGAUCACAAAGCGGAUCACAAAGCGGAUCACAAAGCGGAUCACAAAGCGGAUCACAAAGCGGAU